AUGAACAUUCAUUCUCUCUGUUUGCGUCUGUGCUCGCAAUAAAAUAUCUCGGAAUUAUGAGGCGGGUCCCAAAAGGCACCACAAACAGGCUUUGCCCAACACACUAACUCGCAGAGUUAUGCACGGUGACGUGGACGGGCGGUCUGUGACAGGUGUCGCGGGCCUUGUAAACGUGGCCUCGUGCAGGCUGAUUCGUCAUGCUGGAGAGAAAUCAUGAUCGGCUGAUUAGACCGAACUCGACGUUCCUGCAUGGACUCUGUACUACAUCACUCGACUGCGUCGCAUGUCUGAUGUCACCGUACGGGACUGGACCAUCUGUCCACAAGGCUUCCAGUGUUACCACGUUCGCGAACGAACCACGUACGGGAGCUCUAGAGAAGAUCGAUGGGGGCCACGUGGACGACAGGGCAGGGCCCAUGCCCCGGGCGUAAAGCCACGAGAGCUCGCUCGCUCGAGAUAAGCUCACCCCGAGCUCCGAAACCCACGAGACGCAAUGAAUGCCCGAAGAUCCUCCUCCUCGCCGGAUUUCAUUCGUCGAUCCAGAGCAAUUAAUGAACAUUUCAUGCCACUGUUGGCGUGAGCUGAAUAAUCCUCCGCUUCUGCUCGCUGUUUGCUUGUACAGGAGUCGGAGUCUCGGACUAGAGGGAGGAAUCUUGCUCCCUUCUUCGCAAAAAUAAGGAAGCCACUAAUCUGGUCUCUCUGCUUCUUAUCCGUCCAUGAUGACGACGUCCCGUACGAUUCAAUCGGGGAUAGUUUCGACCUCCACUCAUUCCUAGAGUGGAGUCAAACCCACUACAUGCACGGAGGGGAAUGGAAAGUCUUCCGGAUGCACAUCAGGCCACGGGAAAUGGUGCCGAGCUCUAUCGGAAGUUUAGGCCUCGAGCUUUCGUCCCAUCUAGCGAGCGUUGCAACUUGGCAAUGCUCGGAAUGUAAAGUGAAAGAACCACCGACCUUCGGCAGCCAGCGAGCACAGCCAUUUGCCAGCCCGUAAAAUCGGUGCAUGAUAUCCUGGGUUCGCAUCAAUGGCGCUUCUCGCGGCCGCCCAAAGAACCCAGGGAACAACAAGAAGUCGGGACGGUUGCACUCCGAGGGAGGGAAGGAGGUCUGUAUCAUGAGUCACGGAGCCGGGGACUGUGCGAGCGGUUCCACUCGGACCUAGCCAGGAACUGAAAUGCCGGAAGUUCUGGACCAAUGAGUCUUCAGGCUCGGCUCGGCUCAGCUCAGCUCGAGACUUGACGCGAAGGCCGCGGCAGGCAUUUCGAGUGAAGGUGUGCGGUGAGAUCGACAGUGUGCAGAAAGAACUCCAGGAAUCGAUUCCCCGUUCAGGAAUGGCUCCCGUCUAAAGAAAGCAAAGGCCGAACCCCACGAGUGGACAGACAGAAUCCCAAGCACGCAUCGGACCGGUUCAACCCCGAAUCGUGCAUGUCUCGCGGUCCCCGGAUCGAGAAUGUUGCAUCGAGCAGAUGCCUCGCAAAUGAUUGUCGAAUGCACGCACCAACAGUCGAACGAAUGGUUCCAGAGCGAGCAGGCUUCGAUCGCCGUGGUUCCUCGGCACCAUGUGGUAGCGCGGGCGAGCGAGCUACGCAGUUCGCCGACGCGGUUAGUAGGAGGAGAUUCAUCCACAAGCCGCAGAUCGCUUGCGGGCAAAAAUAGAAAAGGAAUGAUGCCGUUCGAGAGGCUGUAUGCGGAGGAAGGCAUACUAAUCAUAGACGUCGUCGUUUGGUCGGUCCCGUCUGUCCGGAGCCCGGAAUGGAACGCAGGGAGCAUGGAACUGGUGCCCGAGCCUCGAACAGGAACGAGGUGCGAGGAAAAGGACAAAAUAGAUGGCGUCAGCGCUGCGAGGCGCCACUUGUUCUGUCCCUCGGAGGAGCAAUCAGUGAGCGUGCGGAGCCAGGGAGGGAGGCGAGGCUACACUACACUACACAGGAGGACCACAGGAGGACCGGAAUGGGACUGGUUCCAUGCGAGCGCUCUGGCCAGGGAGCAAGGGAGCCCAGGGAAUGAGUAUGUGUGACGCCAUCGUCCCUGGCCCGGGCCCGGGCCCUGGCGCGGUCCGAGAUCCGGGGGUGUGACGUGUGGCGCGACGCGCCCGAACACGAAUCAGAGCCAGAGCCCGAGCCUCGGGCGCCGUACGUCGCUUUCCGCCUGAUCGCAGGCGCAGACGCUCCGGGGCGGG